CUCCUGUCAGUCCACCUUCUCUCCAGCUGUUUCAAUGGGCUCAUCUCUUGCUCUCUGAAAGGCUCAGUCUAGUGGCGGUCUUUUCUGAUGGUGUCUGACUCUGUUUCUCAACCGUACGUGGGGACAAAGUGAAGGUUUGUGGACAAUCCCGCCCAUUUCUCCUGGAAGGAAAGUUAUUAUCGAUCCACCAUGUCUCAGAGCUCCCAGACAAGUGAAUUCCUCAGCCCUGGUGUCUUCCAGCACAUUUGGGACUUCUUGGAUCAGCCGAUAUGCUCUGUGCAGCCCAUCGAUCUGAACUUUAUGGACGAGCCCACGGCAAACGGUACCACGAACAAGAUCGAGAUCAGCAUGAAUUGUAUCCGCAUGCAGGAUACCGACUUGAGUGACCCAAUGUGGCCGCAGUACACAAACCUGGGGCUCCUGAACAGUAUGGACCAGCAGAUCCCAAAUGGCUCCUCGUCCACCAGCCCCUACAACACGGAUCACGCCCAGAACAGCGUCACGGCUCCCUCGCCCUACGCGCAGCCGAGCUCCACCUUCGACGCCCUGUCUCCCUCGCCCGCCAUCCCCUCCAACACGGACUACCCGGGACCCCACAGCUUCGACGUGUCCUUUCAGCAGUCCAGCACCGCCAAGUCGGCCACGUGGACGUAUUCUACAGAGCUGAAGAAACUCUACUGCCAGAUAGCAAAGACCUGCCCCAUUCAGAUCAAGGUGAUGACGCCUCCUCCCCAGGGUGCAGUGAUACGGGCAAUGCCCGUAUAUAAGAAGGCCGAGCAUGUCACCGAGGUGGUCAAGCGCUGCCCCAAUCAUGAACUGAGUCGGGAAUUCAAUGAAGGACAAAUUGCCCCUCCUAGUCAUUUGAUCCGAGUAGAAGGGAACAGCCAUGCCCAAUAUGUAGAAGAUCCCAUCACAGGAAGACAGAGUGUGCUGGUACCUUAUGAGCCACCACAGGUCGGCACCGAAUUCACAACGGUCUUAUACAAUUUCAUGUGUAACAGCAGCUGCGUUGGAGGGAUGAACCGCAGACCCAUUUUGAUUAUUGUCACCCUGGAGGCUAGAGAUGGGCAAGUCCUGGGCCGCCGUUGUUUCGAAGCCCGAAUCUGUGCUUGCCCAGGUCGAGACAGGAAGGCGGAUGAAGACAGCAUUCGAAAGCAGCAAGUCUCAGACAGCUCAAAGAAUGGUGAUGGUACGAAGCGCCCUUUCCGACAGAACACUCAUGGCAUCCAGAUGACGUCAAUCAAGAAACGGCGCUCCCCCGAUGAUGAGCUGUUGUACUUGCCGGUGAGAGGUCGAGAGACUUAUGAAAUGUUGCUGAAAAUCAAGGAGUCUCUGGAACUCAUGCAGUACCUCCCCCAGCACACCAUCGAGACCUACAGGCAGCAGCAGCAACAGCAGCAUCAGCACCUACUCCAAAAACAGACCUCGAUGCAAUCACAAAACUCCUAUGGCACCAGCUCCCCACCUUUGAGCAAGAUGAACAGCAUCAACAAACUCCCUUCUGUCAGCCAGCUCAUUAACCCUCAGCAGCGCAAUGCUCUCACUCCAACAGCCAUUCCCGAUGGCAUGGGAGCCAACAUUCCAAUGAUGGGCACUCACAUGCCGAUGGCUGGAGAUAUGAACGGACUCAGCCCCACGCAGGCUCUGCCCCCCACCCUUUCCAUGCCAUCCACCUCCCACUGCACGCCGCCGCCUCCGUACCCCACCGACUGUAGCAUUGUCAGUUUUUUAGCGAGGUUGGGCUGCUCAUCCUGUCUGGACUAUUUCACGACCCAGGGGCUGACCACCAUCUAUCAGAUUGAGCAUUACUCCAUGGAUGAUCUGGCAAGUUUAAAGAUCCCAGAGCAGUUCCGACAUGCCAUCUGGAAGGGGAUCCUGGACCACCGACAGCUCCAUGACUUCUCCUCGCCUCCCCACCUGCUCCGGACCCCCAGCGGCUCCUCCACCGUCAGCGUGGGCUCCAGUGAGACGCGGGGUGAGCGGGUCAUCGACGCCGUCCGCUUCACCCUCCGCCAGACCAUCUCCUUCCCUCCCCGGGAAGACUGGAAUGAUUUCAACUUUGACAUGGAUGCUCGUCGCAACAAGCAACAGCGCAUUAAGGAGGAGGGGGAGUGACUGACGCCUGGAGUGGCCCCCUGCCUGCUCUCCUUUGACCCAACCUCUCCUCCCAGCCUCCCCGCCCCUGAUGCAAUACUGAAUCUCCAAGCGCUCCCUUAAGUCAGCCUCUUCUCCCUUAGCUGAUCUCAUCUCCAGAGGAAGAAAGCCACUGCUCACUUUAACAUGGUAGUCACCCCUGCCCAGCCUUUGGGUCCACGUUAGUUCCGGGUUCCAGGCCUCUGUUCUCUGGCCAGCAGAGGAAGGAGGAUGGCAUGGGUGGGAGGAAGAGGGAGUCUUAUGUUAUUGUUGCUCUUUGGUUCUUGGGAUUUUUUUUUUCCUAGACCCUCUUAGCACAGUCGUUUUUUUACCUAAAUGCUAUCCUUGGUUGUAAUUGAGUUUUUGAUUCAAGAUGCUAUAUAAAUAUACAGUAUAUUAUACAUAUGUACAUAUAUUUGGGUGGGGGGAGGAGAUGUUGUGCU